AUGGCUUCUACUCCGAGCACGAACCAGACCAUCCAUGGCGAUAACAAUACCGACGUCUCCUACUUUCAGAAAACAGUAUGUUUGAACGAUUGGUGGCUGAUUAAAGCCGAAAACGAGGUCCAAGGAAAGUGGCUAGCCGUCGCCGGUGUAUCUUCUAGAAAGGAAGGUGCCAGGCGAGUGUUCUCCUCUGCACCAAUAGCCAAAAGAUUCGAUGUUUUCACUCUCGAGACGGUGGAUGGCAUAUGUGUAGCCAUCAAAGGGUUCAUAAACAAGCAGAAGACUACUGAAAAUGGGUUUCCAUCUGAGGUUUUCAGUCAUUUUCUGUUUGGCUUUCCUCCUUACUGGGAACAAUGGGUUGCAAAGUUCUUUGGUGGAGACUCUACCACUACUUGUGCGGUUUCUGGAAGUAUUUCUGAUUCAGACAAGUUAGCUACUCAGCCAGGAAGCAUAAAAAGUUCUAUUCCGUCUUCCUUGCAUUUUGAUCAAGAAGAAACUCCAGUUGAGCAGGUCUCUUGUGAAGAUAGGCAUGAUGUUGAAGUCCCAAAACAGUUUUCUUCUGAGCUGCCUACGAAUGUCGCUGUUGAUGACUUCCCUAAACAUGCUGCUGAGGAGGAAACAGGCAGAGCAAAUAUUGGAGCAAGUGAUGUUCAGUGUAUUGGUAAACCAAUGCAUCUGGUAAGCAAUCAGAAGAAACCGGUAUCCAGAUGCUUUAUGAAGCAUAAAAGUACAAAUUCUAGUCCUGCAUCAGAGGCCUCUGAGAGCCUUGGUGGAAUAUCAGGUGCAACCACUCAGUCUGGGGGGAAAGUGGACAUAUCAGAGGAAUAUCCAAGCUAUUCUGUAGGCAGAGUGACCAGAAGUUUGUCAAGAAAUUUAAGUAGAAAAGGGAAAAAGAAGAAAAUGGUGGGAUGUGGCUUGAACUCUGAGAAAAAUACAGUGGAUUCUGUUCCAGCGGUGUUCAAAACUUUGAGCAAAAGUUUACAAAAUGAUAAUUGUAAAGUAGGAGGGAAAAGUAUGUCCCAUCCUUCAGAUUUUGAGUUUCAAGAACCAAAUUAUUUGAAAGUAAUAAAAAAACUUGAUUUUGGGUGUCUAGAAGAUGAUUUGCAGCAUACUCACAAGGCAAAACAGGGACAGAAUUGUGGAAAUAUUACAACUCAAGUAGGAGGAGAAAGUGAUGCUAAAGAAGAAAACACAUUCAGGAAAAGAACUAAGACAAACACUACCUUUUAUACAAAGGAAAAUCCCACUCUGGAGGUGAACAAGAAAGUGUCUAUUGCUUCUCCUGAAUCUUUGAAUAUGAGACGGUCCAGAAGCGGGAGACUACUUCUACCGACCAUGGAAUUCUGGCGCAAUCAAUUGGCAAUCUAUGACUCGGAUCGUAAGGUUACUGGAAUUCAGGGAGGCCUACCUGUAGUAACAACAUCAAGAGGCAGUAGCUCUGGGUCUCAGAAACGCAACAGACGAUAG